AUGCUUAGACUUACUGGAUUCAGAAGGUGCUUGAGUGGCCAAUUUGCUGCCACCAGAGUCGCCACUAGAGGUUACGCUGAUAAACCAAAGUCAGAAGGCGAACAACAGCCACAAGACAGCACAGCCAGCCCAGAUAGCGCCCUCGACGCAGCUAAAAAGGCCACAGAAGAAGCUGUCGAGUUGCAGAAACAGCUCAAGAAGGAUCUCCAAUAUGCAGCAGCUGAUUUCACCAAUUUGCAGAGAAUUUCAGACAGAGAGAAGGUAGCGUCAAUGGAGAAAGGUGUUAUGAAGUUCGCAAAGAGCAUCCUCCCUACCCUUGAUAUUCUCCCGUUGGCAUUGAAGAGCGUACCAGCAGAGGCUUUGUCGGCUGGAGAAGGCGAAGACCGCAAGAACCUCCUCACACUUCACGAGGGUUUGGUUCUGCUCCAGAGUAACCUCCUCAAGGCACUCAAAGAAAACGAUAUCGAAGCUGUUGACCCAACCGGCGAACAAUUCAGCCCAGACUACCACGAGGCGCUGUAUAUGGCACCUGUGCCAGGUAAAGAUCCAAACUCCAUCCUCGAAUGCUCGAAACUUGGUUACAGCUAUAAGGGUAGAGUGUUGCGUGCUGCUCAAGUUGGAGUUGUGCAGGAUGUCAACUAA